AUGGAACAGUAUCCCACCACCGGCAUCCUCGUGGAGGCCGAGGCAUUCGAUAACUAUGGCGGCUGGACUCUCGACUCGCAAUUCGAACUGGAGAUGGGCUCGCCUUACCUCCUAGCUCACGGCCUCGGCAAAGCAGUCGCAGACGCAACUACGAUAGUCACUCUUCCGAAGGAAACCAAGUUCCACAUUUGGGUGCGCACCAAGGACUGGGUACCUAGGCAUCAUCCCGGAAGGUUCACUCUCUCCUACAACAACUUCGUGAUUGGGGAGUUCGGCGCGAGCGGGAAAGAAGGCUGGUGCUGGCAGUACGGCGGGACUACCAAAGUCAAGAAGGAAAAGGCGCCGCUUGUAUUGCAUGAUUUGACAGGGUUCGGGGCGCGGUGUGAUGCUAUCUUCUUUACAAAAGAAAAGAGCGAGCCCCCGAAUGUUGCGAAUGAUGCUAUGCGGAAAUGGAGGAAGCGCCUGUUAGGACUGCCUGAUCAGCCGGAAGAUGCUGGACACUAUGAUGUGGUUGUCGUUGGCGGCGGGAUAGUGGGUGCAGCUGCAGUGCUGACGUCCGCUCGACUCGGGAAUCGCGUCGCUCUUGUCCACAAUCGCCCUGUUCUGGGCGGGAAUGGAAGCGUCGAAUGCGGCCUGCGACCACGCGGCAUUACAGGACCUCUCAUCGACGACAUCGCUGAGCGUGAUCCCAGUGGUGACAUCAAAGGGUUGUCAUUGCUGAAAGCGGAGGCGAACGUCAAAGUCUUCCUCGAACACUGCGUAUUUGAUGCAGUCAAAUCUGGAUCAAAGAUUCUCUCGGUGGAUGCACGACAUGCACGAAGCGGUAAAGAGAUUCGACUUUCCGCCCCCGUGUUUAUCGACUGUUCUGGAAGAGUCACACUCGGCUUACUCGCGGGCGCAGAGACAUUGUCCGGCCAGGAAUCGCAUGGAGAUUAUGGUGAAAGCCUGGCCCCUGCGGAAGCCGAUUAUCACCACCACGGAAACACGAUGUUCUUCCGCACACGAAUGGCAGACAAGUUCGUCUCCUUCCCUGAAGUCCCCUGGGCGACAGAAGUCGCAAAAGACUUCUCCAACCUCGGUGGCCAGCUCGUCAAACCCGGCAUCGACAACGGCGAAGGUCCGGUGGUGAAACCCCCGGGGCCCGAUGUCCGUCGAAGAAUGAAACUUCCCGCCACGCAUUUCUGGGAGUAUGGACAGGAUAUGGAUAUGUAUACGCAAGGCGAAGAGAUCCGUGACCAUCUCCUGCGAGCGCUGUUCGGUACCUUCUCCAACGUGAAGAGGAUGCAGCCGGAGAAGUAUCGGAAUCUCCAAUUCGAUCAUGUUGCUUUCGUCGCUGCAACGGGCGAGUUCAAACGGUAUCGUGGCGACUACAUUCUGACGGAAACGGACAUUCGUUCGCAUCAACAAUUUGAAGAUGCAGUGGUGCAGAAUGGCGGCGCGUUCUGUCUGCACUACUCCGGACAUGAGCACUACGAUUUUCGCCUUAAGGACUGGAAGUGGGAUGAGCGAGACGGGAAGGACUACGACAUUCCAUUCCGCUGCCUGUAUUCCUCCAACAUAGACAAUCUCAUGAUGGCGGGCAAGCAUAUCAGCGUGACUCACGUCGCCGGGUCGAAUACCAAGUUCAUGGGAAAUGGAGGGCAGCACGCCAUUGCUACUGCAGCUGCGGCGUCCUUGUGCAAGAAGUACAGCAUCACUCCAAGACAAGUGAGGGAGCAGCAUAUGGCCGAGCUCCGAGAAGUUGCAAGGAGUAUUACCGGAAGAAAACUCGACGGCAAUCGAAGUCGACUAUGA